CACAAUCGAACCAAUCGUUUGUGGCAGGCGUCAUCGUAGCGCACGCAAAAAAAAACUGGCCAAACCCCAAUCAGUCCCCGUCAGAAUGCGGCCCUUGCAAGUCCCGACCUGGGUGCACAUUUCGUACGAAGAGAAAAAGCUGAUUGCGUAUCUGGCCGGCAGCGGUACGACGGUUUGCAGCCUGUACCUGCUCACUAUGGCCGGCCGUUCGCUGAGCUUUUCCGAUCAAACCAGUCCCUGCUUUUCCGAGAACAGUGCAUACAAUCUGGAAAUUACACUCGUGGUGAUACUGUCCAUCAUCUAUCUCGUUAUCGGCGGUGCAUUUUUCUGGGGCAUUUGGCGCGAAAAGGCGAAAUACCUGCUGCCGUUUCUGUGCUUUCUAGUGGCGGCAACAGGGUUUCUCGGCCAUGCCCACAUCGACUGGAUGCUGUUCGAGGCGGGCACGGGCGAGAGACAGUUUGGCAUCUUUGCCUUCAUCUUUGCGACGCUGGUCCUUACCUUUGCCAGCACAAUCAUACUACUGCUGUACCGGGAAAUGAAUUCGGGCAAACGUUCAAAAAAGGGAAGCUUCGAGGUAUUUUACAAUGAUGAAAAAUAUUGAUUAAACAUGUAGUUUUGGUGGAAAAAACAGUGUUUUAAAAGCAAUUAUUUCAAAAGUGAGUGUGUGUGUGGGUGAAAACUGUAUCCUGCUAGUAUUAGAACUGUUUCGUUUAAAGAAUAAGUGAUUAAUGUGUUUCGGAAUUUAAUAGUAAAAAGAAUGUUAAGGUCAGAAAUUUCUUCGGCGAUCAACAUGCGUUUGUUUGCAGUAUAAUUUAAACUUCUUGAGCGUUGUUGUUGUAUUUAGUGAUUAAUGCGUAAUCCAUCAAGGCAAACAAGUCUUUGGUUCGAAAAGCUCGUCACAAGCGUUUUUCAGUAUCCUCGUUAAAAUUCUAAAUAUCCCAUUGAACUUCCUACGAAUUUAGCUAUUUGAUUUGUGCCUGAUGUAAAUGCUAUUCUGUUAUCAUAACGCUCAUCAACACCCACAGCGGUACAAGUACUCACAGCUCGGAUAGUAUUUGCAAGCUAUAACAUAAAAUUCCUUGAAAGAUAGUUUCGAUUAUAACCUAAAAUCAGAGUAUCAAUCGACGAGAAGCUUAUGAAAGAUCGAGUUGACUAGUGGCGUUCAGAAUUUCAGAAUUAAAAAACUAAAAUAGAACAGCAAAAAAUCAUGUCCACAUAGUUAUUUUGUAAAAUGAAACAUUAGCAUCUUCUCCUUCUUCCUUGGCACUAUAACCUCGAGAUGUCUAGGCCUGCCAUUUCUGGCUUUUAGUGACAUGAAUUUACCCGCAGCAAAGUAGUCAGCUCUUGGCACAGGAAGGCGGUCUGGAUGGGAUUUGUGCCGGUCCUGCCGUGUGAAGCUCUGAAUUCUAUCAAGUGGUUGAUUCCCACAAAGUUCUGCAAUACUUCCAAAAUUCUUUCAAACAGUCGCUUACUCUAAAUCUGUAAAACUUGUAGCAAGGAGCAAUAGCUAUCGUUAGUUAAGAAUAGUGAAUAUAAUAAUACAUACAAAUAAAACAAAAAAACCUUCCAAAGUUUGCAUUUCAAGUGAAGCAGCAGAACUUCUAACCUGAUAAUUUCUAACAGGCUCCAUUUUUUAAAGAUCUCUCAACUACCAUUUGUUCUGAGCAGAUCGUAUCACUUUAAGAACUUCAUCUAGUCCGAGACCUGCCAUUUAGUGACUUUCUUUGACUUUAUCUGUAGCUGGAUAGUCAGUCCUGAGUCCGGGGAGGUACUCUGGAUGGGAUUUGGACCCCAUUCCUGCCGUGGUAAGAACUGCACACUGAAAAACUGGAUGUAAACUGGUCUGGAGAGUUAAGCCUACUGAGGGCUCCUCAAACUCCUAUGAAUCUAGAAGCAAAUCACACACGUACUCAAAUGCUAGCUGAGUUAUUUGACAGGAAUGGAAGGAUACAAUGGUUGAAAUGCUUAUGGAGUAUGUUGGACUCAUGUCCCAAGAAUGUAAAAAACCAGCAACCUGUUUUGCAAAAA